UCGCCCUUUCUUGUAAGCUAAAUGUGCAGCAUAUUCGCGAUGGAGCGCAUUUACGAAUAUUAACGGAACGUACAAAUUCAUUAAAAGGAAAUUAUAUACCUGCGUAUUUUGUCUAGUGAUCGGAAAUUAUAUGUACAAAUUAAACGCUCGUUAUAGUUUCAAAACAGUUCGUAGUUAUUGCGGUAACGUGUGCAAAUGCAGUGCUAAAACUAUUGUUAAACUACACUCCGUUGGACUUAUUUACAAUCAUCCCUACGUAAUCAGAUAUGUGAAGCAGAUCGGCUCGACGAAGUAACGAGAUGACAUCUAAAAGUCCGGUGAGUUUUCUGCCGCAGCCGUCGGCGUCGAAAACGUCGUCGUCUCCUUCCGGAACGUUGAACUUCUCGAUAGAAAAAAUAAUGGAGCCCGACAAAAAGACUGUUAAGAAAAGUGAUACCGAUACGGAACAAGUUUUAAAUUUUUCCCUGUCGUCGAAUUUGUCAAGCUCGUCUCAGCUGGAAUCGGCUUUUAAGAAGUACGUUCCUAGUGUGCUACGAUCGCAAGAACUCUUACAACAAUAUCCAUUUAUGUAUUAUCAUCCUAGUCAACUGAUGUGUGUUGCCGCAACAUCCGUAUCAGUAUACUCCGUCUCUCCAGAUGCGGUAGUAGCAAACUCGGUUCCCGUGGGACUUUCUGCAAUAAACUCAGUCACUCCUAGUCAAACCUCAGCAUUGCCGGAGACUUAUUUGAAGUCAUGCCAUAUGAAACGCACAAUAGGACAGGGAAUCGAUUCCAAGGGUGCACUAAGUACAUCAACCACAAACCCCGGCAAACAGAAAAGUUUUGAAUGUGGAGAGUGCGGAAAAGUUUUCAACGCUCAUUAUAAUCUCACUCGUCAUAUGCCUGUACAUACAGGCGCUCGUCCUUUUGUAUGUAAAAUAUGCGGAAAAGGAUUUCGACAAGCUUCAACUUUGUGCCGCCAUAAAAUAAUACAUACAUCUGAGAAACCGCAUAAAUGUCACACCUGCGGAAAAGCAUUCAAUCGCUCCUCAACUUUGAACACUCACGCCCGAAUUCACGCGGGUUAUAAGCCGUUCGUGUGUGAAUAUUGUGGUAAAGGAUUUCAUCAAAAGGGCAACUAUAAAAAUCACAAACUCACGCACAGUGGAGAAAAAGCGUAUAAGUGCUCAGUUUGCUCUAAAGCCUUUCAUCAAAUAUAUAAUUUAACAUUUCACAUGCACACUCAUAAUGAUAAAAAACCCUUCACUUGUAGGGUGUGCGGAAAAGGAUUUUGCCGAAACUUCGAUUUGAAGAAACACAUGAGGAAAUUACACGAGAAUAGAAACGAUGGCGAAUUUAUAAAUAGUAAUACAAGUAGUUCCGUUUACAACGCUGAGAGGGAGCUUCAGCACUUCAUCAGCCCAUUUUUAUUACCAACACCACCAUCUAGGCCACCUGUACCUUUAUAUUCGACAAAAUUAUUAUGACCCAACAAAAACUGUUAUCAUCUUGACCGGUAAAUUUUUGUGAACGAACAUUAAAACCAUGUGUGUAUAAAUCUUGACUGUGAGUGGCCUGGAUUACUUUUUAAUGUGCAAUAUGGAAAAAUAGCAUAAAAAAGUCAGCAUAUACCUAUUUAACUAUCGCUAUUGCUUAGACUGUAAACAGUCAAAAGUUUAGGGAUCCUUA